UUUUUUCUCGUCUCGUCGCGCCGCGGCUUUUUCCUUUGCUCGCAACCAUCUCACGUUUGCGCCUUGCUGCCGCUCCGACGAAUCGCUCGCCGCCUCUCCAACGCACGGCGCUGCUUGUUUCCCCGGGGUCCAUUCGAUAGCCUCCCCAUCGCCAGCCGCCUCCUCGUCUGUCCUCGCCCGGUCGAUCGAUUCUUUGUCCCCCGACGGAAACAAUGUCCUACUACGAUAACCCCCAGUGGUCGGCCCCGAGCCAGGCCCCCAACAACUGGGAACACCACGGCGCGACCACUCCUGUUCGCGCAGGUGCCAACGGACCACAGCCGCAGGACGACUACGCCUUUUCCUAUCAAUUUGAUGAGGUUGAUCGUGCCCACGAAAACUUGCAAAAGUCUGGCAAAGGCUACAUGAUGAACGCUCGACAUGGUCGAAUGGGUGGCUCUCGUGCUCACUCUGUCAACAACUUCGAUGACAAUCGUGGCCCUCAAGGAGCAAAUCUCCAUAAUUUCUAUGCUUCUCAGCGUCACCAGUCUUCUCGAGGCUCCAACGAGGCGGAGCAGGUCUUGCAGGCGAAGAGAAGGAUGGCGGCUCAGCGGGAGCGUGAGCUCCGAAACCUCCACACGGAGCAGCAAUAUCAGCGAAGUGUCUUGUCUGAUGUUGCCGUCCAGCAGGGGAACAAGCAUAUGAGCGAGGAGGAGACUCGUGAGCUCAUUGCUCGCCAGCGCAGCGCUUUGUAUGGCGAAGGCAGCUUUGCGGACAAGGCCGGCUACAUUGACGAAACUGGUGCCGUCCGCACCGGUGCCCCUGGCCCCAGCGGCCCUGCAAGCCUGCGAGGCCACUCCCCCCUCACAUACGACACCAUUGGCCGCGUCCCCCAGGCUGACGUGGGAACGCCCGGAUCGGCGGCUGAUAUGAACGCGGCUGAUCCCGGCUCGCGACCCCAGAGCACUGCCAGCCCCCAGACCAGCGGCCCGACCAACAAGGUCUUUGACAACGCCGUCGGUUCCCAGAGCCGGACCAGCACCUCCAGCCCGACCAGCGGAUCGCCUCCCCGUGGAGAUUUCGGUCCCGGCUCCAAGUCUUCCCAGGGAGCUGCCGUUGCCCCCAUCGGAACUCGUCCCACCGGAACACCCACGGCCAAUGCCUCUGCCAAGCGCUCGAGCACUCCCCAUGCCACCUCUGGCGGAUGGGGCCGUGGUAACGGUGUCUGGGGCGGUUCUGGCCUCGGCGCUCAGGCUAGUGUCUGGGGUUAAAGUCCAUUCUUGUCAUAACAUUGGGUGACGGCGUUGAAAGGACGCGUUGUACAUUCUUUUGCGUGUUUUUGUCAUUUUUUUUUUCUUUUUUUUUUUUUUACCUUGAACGGCAAGGAGAAUGAGCAGGCUGAAUUGAAUUGUUGCAUUAGUAGAAAAACAGGCGCUGGAGGUGAGGGAAAGGAAUGGAUCUGUUUGGCAUUUUGGUUCGGUCGUUUUUGGUCAAGGCGGUUGAUUUCGAUCUUCGCGCGUUUUGCUUUCGCUGGGUUCAAGUCUUUGGUACGAUAUUCGGCGAAGAAAGGUAUUGCGAGGCAUUUCUGGGCGAUUACGAUCAAGGCAAAAAAAGGGAGGGGGAAGAGGAAAGGAGGCUUGCUCUACCUUAUACCUGGGGAAUCUGGAAUUGGGAUGAGCCUCGGACAGAGGAACGAAGAUAUCCGGAUAGGAGUUAUCUUGCUUUUGGCGCAGGAUUGGGACAGAAACGAGGAGUUGCGUCCUUGUUCACGAUAACGGCGUAUUCAUUGUUUUGAGUUUUUGUGGUUCCGAUUUAUAUGUGACGGCGGGGACAACAAAAUUGCACAGACUUUGGGAGAGAAAGUUGGUCGAGAGGAGUCAGAUGGGAGGAGGAGAUUCGACUACGGAGUAGUCAUUUGCUGGAGGUGGAACAAGAAAAAGAUUUCGUUGAGGAAUACCCGGAAACUUGGAGAGGCGUUCCAUUGGGCUACCGGUAAGUUGAACUGUCAAGAAUGGAAAUACACUUUGCGCCUUUAUUGGCAAGGAGGCAGGGAAAUGGAACAGGAUGCAUGGCGCUAUUGUAGCCCAAGGGGGCAGCAAAAGAAAAAAAAGAGCCCAAAGAGCAAAAGCACAAAAAAAUUGAAAAAAGGAAAGAAAGAGGGAAACAACAAAAUCACUGCUGUGGAAAAGGGGGGUUGAGCGUAAAACUAGCUUUGGGGUGUAGGGACUUUGUUUUCAUGCGCGGUUUUCCUUUUAUACUCGUCUCCUCUUUGGGCGGCUCUGGGAAUAGGCUUGGGCUCUUUGUCGGUUUUUUAUUGGUCUUUAUGAUUUUUAGGGAUGGAAUGGAUUUCGAGGAAUUGCUUUCAUUGUUGACAAAGGUCUACUCCGUUAUAUACCGCUGGGGGAAUUACAGGCGCAGUCAAUGAUUGGAAAGAGGAAAGAUGUUAAUGAGAGUUUGGGUGGAAUGGAUAUGCGAGGGCUAGUUAAACGUAACAAGAUACAUGUAAUGGGAGAAAUUGGUUUGCGAAUGUGUUGGUGUUGGCGUUGAGUUGUGAGACUUGUGUACCACCAAGACUUGUCUGUCAUUG